AUGGCAAAACGGCUGAGUGCUUGCUGGCUUCGCCGCCUACAACAACAUACUAGACGACCCUUCUCAUCCACCAUACGCCCACAGACCGACGGUGUAUUUCGAGCCCUGACCGAAAACAGAAUCCAAACUCCCUGGAUCGAUGCGCUACGNGGAAAGGAGCGCGGAGGCAAGGAUCCUUCCAAGCCUUCUGGCAAGCCGGAGACUCCCUCCAACCGCGACCUCAGGCCAAAACGCAUGAGCGACAGCUACCACAGCGUUGUCUUGCCUUUAGCUCGCGAACCAUGGCUGUUAGACACUUAUGCCAACUCCAGCGGUCAUAUCCGUCUUGGUACAUUGUUCAUGGACCUUGAUGCAUUGAGUAUGUCCCCCAGUCACACCCCCCUAGAGCUCCGACUAACACGCCAACAGGUNGGUGUCAUUGCAUACAAGCAUACCGGCGACGGAGUCACGACAGUCACAGCCGCCUGCGAUCGAAUCGACAUCAAGCACCCCUUGACAGAAAUCUCGGAUCUCGAGUACAGCGGUCGUGUCACCUAUGCCACUGGCCGCUCAAGCAUGGAGAUUUCGUUACAAGUCGCCAAAGCACCAAAAGAAGGCGAGACUGUCAAGCCAGAGGAUGUCUUGUUGACAUGCCAAUUCACUAUGGUCUCGCUUGAUCCCGGUACCAAGAAGCCUGUCAACAUUCCCGCCAUCGAACCUGAGACGGAAGAGGAGAAGGCUAUCUUCGCUCAAGGCGAGAAGAACAGCGCCCAUCGCAAAGACCUCAAGAAACGCGCCUUGACCAAGCAAACUCCAAAUGACGAAGAGUCAGACCUCAUUCACGCCAUGUGGCAGAAGCAACUACAGUACCAUGACCCCACCGAUCCUGUACGCAAACCAGACAAUGUCCUCGAGAUGGAGCAGACUCGUCUCUCCACUGCCGCCAUCAUGCAACCACAAUACCGAAACAGACACCACUUCAUGAUCUUUGGUGGUUUCCUCCUCAAACAAACUUUCGAGCUCGCUUUCUGCGCCGCCGCCAGUUUCGCCCAUUGCCGUCCUACCUUCGUUUCGCUCGAUCCCUCGACCUUCCAAAACCCCGUCCCUGUCGGCAGUGUCCUCUAUCAGACAGCCACCGUCGUCUACACGGAUCCUCCAGUCGUCUCAGGUCAAGCCGAUGAGCCAACCUCAAGUGGAGAGAAAGAACAAAAAUACACGAGGAUUCAAGUCAGAGUCGACACAAAGGUUCGCGACGUCGAGCAUGGUACUGCCAGACCCACCGGACAAUUCAACUACACUUUCACCGUCGAGCGCGACAUCAAGGUCUUGCCGAAAUCGUAUACGGAAUUCAUGAUGUACAUCGAUGCGCGCAGAAGAGCAAUGAGGAUAAGAGAGAGUGUUGAGCAUGAUGCCAUCGACUCUGGUGCGCAAGACAGAGUAACAGAAUAA